AUGUCCUCCCGUGCGAUUCGCAAGCUGCAAAAGCUGCGUGAACAAGAGUUCAAGCAAGCGGAACAAGAGCCCCAAGAUUCUAGCGAAGAUGACGAGCCAGUAUCGAGACCAUCAAAACCGAAGCUAAAUGCAUUUGAUCUUUUGAAUGCAACAAACGACGAGGAGGAGGAGGAUGACAAUGACGAACAGCAGUCAGAGAGCGAGGUGGCCGCCCCGGUAGUUCCAUCGACACAGGAAGUAACGCCUUCAGCAACGACGGACUCUGGAAAGAAAAAAAAGAAGAAAGGGAAAAACAAGAAGAAGAAAAAUGCGGCGAAGCAAGAACCUACAGAAGAGGAAUCCAACGACAAGGAUCUGGACGAUAUUGACCGAGUAUUGAAGGAGUUGGCUGUACAGUCGAAAGGAGAAACCACGGUCGAAACACCCGAGCGUACCCUUGAUGAUUCUUUCCCGAGGAUACCAGAGGACUUUCUGCACAUUGAUUCUAAGUCGCUAAAUGCGACGAAUGAGAUGCGAAAGUUAUUUGGCAAUGUUGUGUUGGAAAACUUCGAUCAGGCAGAUUCGGGGUCGGGUCGUAGGCGAGAUCGGGCUCGAGAAACUAUAGAUCUGGGCCGCGCUCUGACGGGCAGAUACAGCCCAGCAAGCAGGGGUCACAGUCUAGCUGGUGUUACACAACGGCGCAACAUUUUGUUCCAGGCCAAAGAUGAAUGGCCGCGGGCCCCCAGCGGCGGUCUUGGGAUGGAGUUGACAGAAUCCCUCACAAACGGCGCAGCCAUCUACAAAUUCCUUCAUAAUACUGCGUACCAAGAUGUUCAAAGGCAGUUCGACCUUUGCGUGGAGUCAAUGGAUCCACAAAGGAUGAUUCACCUUCUCCAGUACAACCCUUACCACAUUUCAACUCUUCUUCAGGUAUCGGAGAUAGCAAAGCACCAAGGUGACCAUGCUGUAUCUGCCGAUCUCCUCGAACGAGCUCUCUUCAACUUUGGUCGGUCCGUCCACUCAUCUUUCGGAAAUCGACUUAAAGAAGGCAGGGCUCGGCUUAACUUUGCCUAUUCAGAGAACCGCGAGCUGUGGCUUGUCGGCUGGAGAUAUAUCGCCAACCUAGGAAUGAAGGGCACCUGGAGAACAGCAUAUGAAUGGGCUAAGCUGUUACUGAGCUUGGAUCCAAAGGAUCCUUACUGCAUGAGGUUUAUGAUCGACAAUUUGGCGCUGCGCGGCAGAGAGUGGUCACAUUUCAUUGAUUUAUGCACGCAAACUAGGCUUUCCAAGGAGUGGGAAUAUCUCCCCAACAUUCAGUGCUCCCUAGCACUAGCAUAUCUGCGACUAAACAAGCCUAAGGAGUGUCGAGAGCAGAUGCAUUUAGCAAUGUCUCGGUAUCCAUGGGUAUUCUGCAAGCUGGCGCAGGAGCUCGAUAUUCAACCGAUGCCGAAGCGCAUUUGGGGUAAACUACCCCCAACUGACGGCCACGAACUGUUCACCGAGCUUUAUAUUGUGCGGACCAAGGAUCUUUGGAAUACCCCCGAAGUGGUUUCCCUUCUUGUGGAGGUGGCGGAUACGCUACCUGAAGGAGAUGAGCCUAUCGAGCCGCCAGAGAUUACUUUGGAUAUCGCACGCCAUGUGGUACUCUCGGACGUUCCGCGCGUUACAACGCACUUACCCACCCGAUUCGUCUCUGGGCGAAUCUCUGCUUCUGAUCCUCUCCCACCGUACGAGUCGGAAGCGUUUCGGCAGCAGUCUGAUCCAACACCAUCUUAUCUGUCGCAAGUACCUGAAGCUGGUAGGCCUCAAUGGCUUCGUAACCUUCUAGACCAGCUCAACAACGGUGCGCUUCAUUUCCCGCGUUUCCGGGCCAAUGGCGGAGAGGAGGCCGGAGAGGAAGGCUCUUCAGAUGAAGGACUAGAAAGAGGAGAGCAAGCACUUCCACCAUCUGGCCCCGAAGGGCAAAUUGUGCUCGAGCAUUGGCUCCUCGGAGAUGGUCUGCAGAGCCUCGAGGGAUUUAUUCGUCAGUAUGGAGUGGAUCGGGGGAACUGGGAUCUCGAGGUCGACUACUCUCCGCUUCAUGACUACGCCGACGCACUGAAUGAGAUUGAGCCAAGCUCUGCUCGUCAGGCUCUAUUGGAUGGCGCAAUUCGCGAAGCAUUAGGCCCUAUGGUUGUAGAUUUACUGCGAGAGGAGCUGGAAUUCUUACGGGCGGAAGAUGAGGAGGAAUGA